AUGGCUCUUGAACCCGACAGUCAUGGACGUGCCGGCGUCGAAACUGAGAAAGAGCUGGCACCGGAACCCACGCCUACCGAUGAGGCUAUGCCCACCGAUGAAGGCGUGUCUACCGAUGAGCCCCAAUAUCCCGUCCAUCCGAUUCCUCAGCUCCAGGCCCCUUUCGAGGAAUCCAUUAUUGAAACGAACGAGGUACCUCCCGAGGACCGAGUCGUGAGCAUCGAUGUUCAAUCGCGCCGUCGAGAUUUACUCGAGAACGACGAAUAUGAGCGGCUGUGCGGCCGGAAAUGGCGUCAACGAGACACCGAAAGAUACCAUCCGUUUUGGAAGCUGGUCUCGCAGAUGGUCUUCGGAGUCCAUCUUCUGGCCAAGCGCAUCGCGAUAUCAGAAGUCGAGGUCAUGAAGAUCCUCCAGACUCACGUCGACGAACUAGACGGAUUUCUGCAAAGAACGACGGAAGACUUUUUGAUUAUCCGACUGGAUGUUCGCACCAGAAUUCACUAUCUCAGUUUACCGCUGCAGAAUCUGGCCAUGUUUGACGAAAUGCUGGAGGAUCGGAACUUCCGAUUGGCCAUCGUGGCCUAUAAUGACCAGAUUGAACAUGCCAUCAAGCGAUUCACCAUGGCCAUUACUGAUUCCCUCAAGGAUGCCCGGAAGGGCAAAGAAGCGAUGGGUGCUCUAUGGCACUACCUCCGGCAGCGCGCUGAUGAAGGCUGUUUCGAGUCGGAGAGUCUCACGGCAUUCUACCAAGCCAUGACCGAGAACAUGGAGGGCUGGGUCGUCGCGUUGGCAAAGCUGCGUCGGCGUGGCGCUGGGCUCCAAAAGGCACUGGGCCAACUGGGCCUGGCGGUCACAGAGAUGCAACGACGGGUGGGUGUGGCGAGUCGGAAAGACCUGCGGUCCUUCAUGAAGAUGGCCAACAGAAGCGCGGGCCGGAACUCGGUCAGGCAAAGGCUGUUUACCAAAGGACUGUCCACCCCAGCCUCCCGUCCCAAGUCUGACAAACCACUGCCACGCGAUCCAUUGUCAAAAUCUUCGAAGUCGCCAAAGCCAUCGAAGCCGGCAAACAACCCAACAGCCUCUAAACAAUUGAGUAAUGAACCAGCCACCAAGCAAAGUGGCCCCGAUCCUAAUAAUGCCAAGGUCACUAGCGACAUGACCAGACCAAAGAUUCUUAGUCGAGCCAAAUCUUGCAGUGCUCUCGUGGGAGAACCCGGCGCCGGCGCCGCGGUCUCGAAUAUGCGAAUUCCAGGGAGGCUGACUCGAAAGCUGUCCAAAACUUUUCUCCUGUCAAGGCAAUCCCUCAGUGAUUUGGCGCAGAGUCGGCCUGCGACGGCCCCACCCAGGUCACUUCGACCAUCGCGCAGUAUUUCGUUUGAGCACCUCAGAGCCUUUGCGACAGGACGGCCUCGAUCCCAGCACUCCACGGCGAAGCCGCCUACGCGACAAGCCGACCAGCAGCAACCCGAUCAUCGGGAGACCAUGAAAUCCCAAAUCUCGCAUUUUCUCAAGAGGGAUCGCGUGGUCGAGGCUUGGGAUAACAUGGCUAAGAAGCCGGGGUGUUGCGGCGGCAGGUUUGCCAGGUCGAGAGAUUGGCCCUGCAGCAUAUUCCGGACCAAGCCAUCAAAUGACCCGCAAGCCCAUGCUGCCAAAGGCAAAGAGCCCAAUCUCUCGGGGCCAGAGAUGGAAAAACAGAUGUCAUGGGCGCCAGGUGCGCCAGACGCCCUGAAUACGUAUUCGAUUAAAGACAAACGGGAAGUCUCUCCGCGGAUACAUGUUCUAUCGGUGCAAACAGGCUUGGAUGAAAAUUCCGGAGCUCGUCGCGAGCGAGAUGGCCACGAUGCAGACAAUGAUGCCAGCUCGGCGAUUACCGCCUUACCAUCGCUGGCGCCUCGCUCGCCUCUUUCGGUCCCCUCGAUUCCUUCUGAACAACCUCGCAGCGUCAGUGCCCAGGCCUGA